AUGUCUCUCAAGCCCAUCACCGUCUGGGGUCAUGGCCCAGGCCCCAAUCCCUGGAAAGUGAUCAUGGUCCUAGAAGAGCUGAAAGUUCCCUACACACACAAGAUCAUUCCCUUCCCAGACAUGAAGAAAGAAGCGUACGAGUCCAUCAAUCCCAACGGGCGCGUCCCCGCAAUUCAAGACCCAAAUACCGAUAUCACACUCUGGGAAUCUGGUGCAAUCAUGGAAUAUCUGGUUGAAACAUACGACAAGCAAAACGCCAUCAGCUUUGCGGCCGGCUCCAAAGAGUACUUUCUUGCCAAGCAAUGGCUCCAUUUCCAGAUGUCAGGCCAAGGCCCGUACUUCGGCCAGGCUGUCUGGUUUACCCGGUACCACUCAGAGAAGGUACAGAGCGCAAUCGACCGCUACGUCAAAGAGAUCCAUCGUAUUUCUGGGGUGCUUGACCGCGUUCUACAGGGGAAGCAGUAUCUUGUCGGUGAUAAGUUCUCAUAUGCCGAUGUUGCUUUCAUUCCUUGGUAUAUGCUCGUUCUCCAGUAUGGGAUUGAUAAUGAGAAAGACCUGGAAAAGAAUUCCCCCAAUGUUGCUGCCUGGCUGAAGCGUUUGCAGGAGCGUCCUGCUAUUGCUAAGUCGAUUCAGGACCGGGUUGAGGCUUCUGCGCAGAGCUAG